GGUAUACGGACUUGAUUAAAGACGACUUUAAUAGAGUUAUCUCAGGGAUGAGCAUUCGGUAUCAAUCCUCUAGUAGUCGCUCCCCAGCCCCAAAGAAGUCGAAAGCAUUGAGAACGUCAAUGAUGGAAGACCUCCAGAGCUCGGUGCUCCGUGCAUCAGCUCCAAGAAGAAACGUAUUGGACGACCACGAGGAAGCAGGAAUAAGGCACCAAUGUUUUGGUCCAAAAUUGAGCUUUCGAUAAUUGGGACUCCUUGGGGGAUCAGUUACAAGAAAUUUGCAGCAACAAAUUCCUGUCCUCUGGAUACAACGCUCAUGAUUUGGUACCUUCUUCAUCGAUCUGCCGGUAUAGAACUCCCUAUGCAUGUGAGAGAUAAGCCAAGGAAUAUAAGUAAUACCAAGAAUGUUGACAAAUCCCUGACGAUAGGUGGCAUAUUUCAGAAUAUUGUGGCAGCAAUCACAAGAGGCGAGCAUCAUAGGGCAAGAUGGCUGUUUUGUAUAGAAUUGUUGAACAUGUCACCUGAAGGACAAGUGGAUUUGUUUGGGAGCAUCGAUAAAACAUUUCUCGAGCCACUGAAGGAUGUAUUCAGCAUUCAAUGGAGGAAUCGCACCACCUGCUCCUUCAAGCAUUGUCCGAAGGGAGAAAAAGAUGAAGAAGAAGAUGCCGUCACAAAGUACAUAGAGGGCGUUGCUCAAGGAUCAUCACUUACACAAGAUAUCAUUAGAAGUUUUGGUGUUAAUGAUACAAUAUCACCAUGCAAUCACAUCAUAAGCAGUAGUGAUGCUCAAAAAAUUGGGGCAGAAAAACUCGAAGUUCAGGAUAUCAUCGACAUCGAUGGAAGGAGUUCUUCUCCAGUGUACAGCUGUCCAGGGUUCAGGUCAACAAUGGAAAAAAGUAUAUUGAAGCUGCCUUAUAUGCUCUCGUUAACUUCUCAUGGCAGAUCAUUUGGACGUCUUUGUCCUCCUAUAACUUUGGAGGUCAACGAUGUGGAGUAUCGGCUUGGCGCCGUUAUUUUUUUUUGGGAGGAAGUCACUUUACAUCUACUAUAUUUACUAAAGGCAAGGCACUGCAUUAUAACGGGAUGGCAGCCAACAAGUUGGAGUGGGUGGAUUUACCUAAUAUUUCGCCAAACUAUUUAUCUGCUGAGAUCUCUCAUAUUUGGUACUACAAGGUUGAAGCAACUGUCUCUGGUGAUUCAUACGAGCUUGGGACUGACUCAUGUUCCCAAGAUUCAGAUAGUUCCGAAGCCACUCGAGAGGAGGAAGUAGAGCAGAGUUGGCAAGAUAAUUUGAGAGAAAGUGAAUGU